GAGUUUGGUAAUCCAGUACUCACGUCUCUCUCAAUUUCCCCGCACAAACAGACACACCAUUUCUCCUUUCAUGAAGUUCGUUUCUCUGCUUUAUUAUGAAGAAAGAAGAUCCAAUAUGUUUCUCCUUUACUUUCAAAAGUUGGUGCUAAGAUGACUGAAAAAGGAAGGAGAGAGACGCUCACUCCGGGGAGUCCCCGAGGCAUGGACCAAAGUAGCAUCUGCAACUGAAAAGACACCCUCCCCGUUUUUUUUUGCUUUCAUUUUCAUUGUAUAGUAGAGAGGAAGAAUGCAGGCGUCGUCUUCUUUCCCUGCCGUUCAAUGAUAACCAUGGCUGUUACCACCAUCCACCUCUUUCUUCUCUGCUUCCCCUUCUUCCUUCUUUCCUCUACUUCCUUUUCUCUUUCAUAUGAACCCAGGAACCAUGAAGUUGAGGCUUUGAUAAGUAUAAAGAGAGCAUUGAAUGAUCCAAAUGGGGUGUUGAACAACUGGGAUGAAGACUCUGUUGAUCCCUGUAGCUGGGCCAUGAUCACUUGUUCUUCUGAAAAUCUAGUCAUAGGACUGGGUGCUCCAAGUCAGUCUUUAUCAGGAACUUUGUCUGGGGCAAUAGCAAAUCUCACCAAUCUGCGACAAGUGUUAUUGCAAAACAAUAACAUUUCUGGUGAAAUCCCACCUCCGCUUGGGACUCUGACAGCGCUGCAGACUUUGGAUCUUUCUAACAAUCGAUUUUCUGGUGCAAUUCCUGGGUCAUUUGGCCAACUGCAUAGUCUCCAAUACCUGAGGCUCAACAACAAUAGCUUGUCCGGGCCUUUUCCUGGGUCUCUGGCCAAAAUCCCUGACCUUGCUUUCUUGGACCUCUCUUAUAACAAUCUCAGUGGACCAGUGCCCAAGUUCCCUGCCAGAACAUUCAAUAUUGUAGGGAAUCCAUUGAUCUGUGGAAGCAGGUCUUCCCAAGUUUGCUCUGGAUCAUCCAAUGUUGUUCCAUUUCACUUUCCUCUAGGCUCAUCAGAUGGGGAACAAAAGUCGAAGAAAUUAGCAGUUGCCCUUGGGGUCAGUCUUAGCUUUGGUGCUCUUGUACUCGUGACUCUUGGACUACUUUGGCGCAGAAAGACGCGGAGGAACUUAAUCAUCUUAAACAUUGGUGAGAAACAAGAAGACGGGCUGGUAAGCCUAGGCAACCUGAGAAACUUCACUCUCCGAGAACUCCAGCUUGCAACAGACAACUUCAGCUCUAAGAAUAUACUCGGCACCGGAGGUUUUGGUAAUGUAUACAAGGGAAAGUUGGGAGAUGGGACUCUGGUGGCAGUUAAAAGGCUAAAAGAUCUGACUGGAAGUUUUGGAGAAUCACAGUUCCGGACCGAGUUGGAGAUGAUCAGCUUGGCAGUCCACCGGAAUUUGCUUCGAUUAAUUGGAUUUUGUGCCACCUCUAGUGAGAGACUUCUAGUUUAUCCCUACAUGUCUAAUGGCAGUGUUGCAUCCAGACUUAGAGGAAAACCUGCAUUAGACUGGAACACAAGGAAGAGGAUAGCCAUUGGAGCUGCAAGAGGUCUGCUGUAUCUACAUGAGCAAUGUGAUCCAAAGAUAAUCCACAGAGAUGUAAAGGCUGCUAAUGUGCUGCUAGAUGAUUAUUGUGAAGCCAUUGUUGGUGAUUUUGGACUUGCAAAGCUCCUUGACCAUGCUGAUUCCCAUGUCACCACUGCUGUCCGUGGCACUGUUGGACACAUUGCACCUGAGUACCUCUCAACUGGCCAGUCAUCUGAGAAAACUGAUGUCUUUGGAUUUGGCAUUCUUCUGAUAGAACUGGUAACUGGGAUGAGAGCUCUGGAAUUUGGUAAAACUGUUAGUCAGAAAGGAGCCAUGCUUGAGUGGGUGAAGAAAAUUCAUCAGGAAAAGAGAGUGGAAGUGUUGGUGGACAAAGAGCUUGGGAACAACUAUGACAGAAUUGAAGUGGGGGAGAUGCUCCAAGUGGCUUUGCUUUGUACUCAGUACCUUCCAUCCCACCGUCCCAAAAUGUCAGAAGUGGUCCGAAUGCUUGAAGGUGAUGGUCUUGCUGAGAAAUGGGCAGCGCUACAUAAUCAUAGUCACCCAACCGGCCUUCUUCAUGGAAAUUUCAAGAACAAAAGUACUCCACACCCAACCACUACAUCUAAACACAAUGACAAGUGUCAUGAUCCUUCGAGCAACAGCUUUGGCAUGGCAAUGGAUGAGGAUGAUGAUGAUGAUGAUGAUAAAUCUUCGGAUUCCUAUGCCAUGGAGCUCUCCGGUCCAAGAUAAGAGUAAAGAAAAAGUUCAACAUACAUAGAGGAAAGAAUUCUUUUAUAAAUUCUUUACAAGCCAAAGUCUCUAAGAGGUAGUUUAAUUAGUUUUAUGUUAGUCUUCAUCUUCCCGAUGUUAAUUUUCCAGCUUUCUGGGAUCUUAAUGUAAAUAUCUCUUUUUCCACAAUAUGUCUGCAAAUGGAGAAGUGGGGAUGUGCAAUGAGUACCCUCUUGUUGGGUAGGGAGGGAAACAGCAUCAGAUACCCUGCUCCUAAAGUGUGAGACAAAGACUACUUUGUACUGGAAUGAAUUUAAUGGUUUUUGACCAAACUUUGGCUAUUUAAGUUUCUCUUUUUUUGUCUUUUUGUUUUUUUACCUAACUUUUGCUAUUUAUUUAUUUUUUCUUUGAAAUAAAAAGGAAAUAUUGUU